UUUUGUAAGAUGAUGUGUCAAUAUUCACGACUGCCCCGAACAUAGAUUUUGGAAGUUAAAGGCGUGAUUUGUGAAUUGUAUAUAAAUUGUUCACAUAUAAAUGCGAAAAUGUCUAAGGAAGUAAAUUCUAAAGAACUAUUGAUAAAAAGUGCCUAUGCUGAAAUAAAUAAAUUAGGACAAAAUGGUGAAUUUCAAAAAGCAAUUAAAGCUGUUAACCGAAUACUGAGCGUUGUGCCAGAUGAUGAAACAGCGUUACGUUGCAAAGUAAUAUGUCUUAUACAAGUUUCAAAAUUCGAAGAAGCGCACAAGUUCAUUGAAAAGAAUCGACUAAAUUCGUUGAUGAUAUUUGAGAAAGCUUACUGUGAGUAUCGCCUCAACAAUCCUGAACAAUCAAUAGAAACAAUUGAUAGCUUCAAAGACGGUCUUUUACCACAAAAUCUUAAGGAACUUCGUGCACAGGUUUUAUACCGUUUGGAACGUUAUGACGAAUGUUUGGAAUUAUACAAAGAAGUCAUUAAAAAUAGCAAUGAUGAUUUUGAUGAUGAGCGACGUGCUAAUAUGACUGCAGUUGUUGCAAAUUUAACUGUUGAUGUUAGAAAAUCAUUGCCAGAAAUACCUGAAGAAACGUAUGAACAGUACUUUAACAGUGCUUGCAUAUUAGCAAAUCAAAAAAAAUUUGGUGAAUCCGAACGUAAAUUACGUGCUAGUGAAAAAAUGUGCCGCGAAACAUUAGAAGAAGAUGGAGAAGAUGAAAUCAGUGAAGAGCUGUAUGCUAUACAGGUACAAAUCGCAUACUGCUUACAAAUGCAAGGCAAACAAAAGGAAGCAAGUGCUAUAUACGCCGAUUGUCUACGAAAAAAACCAAAAGAUCCUGCUCUUAUCGCCGUUGCCAGUAACAAUUCUGUUGUAAUUAACAAGGACCAAAACGUUUUUGAUUCAAAGAAAAAAAUACGUUUAGCUUUGGCCGAUGCAUGUGAGCAUAAAUUAAAUACACGUCAAAAGAGAGCCAUUGCUCUUAAUAAUUGCCUAUUGGCUUUAUUGACAAGCUCAAGCGAUCAAGUGCAACAAUUUUGCCAAAAAUUAUUAGAAAGCUACCCGGACUUAGAAUUUCAAUCACUGCUAAUAUGUUGCACACAAUUGUGUAAGGAAAAAAGGUACAAGGACGCAAUUGAAAUUUUGAAUAAAUUUGCUAAAACUAGUAAAGAGAACGCAUUCCAAACGAAAUUUGCAAUUGUUCAGUUACUUCUAUUUCAGGGAAAUCGAAAGGAAGCUAUAGAAGUGCUGCUUUCUUUAGGUGAGGCCAAAUAUAAACCAGGAAUUGUGUCUGCAUUAGUUACUCUCUAUUUGGGCACCGAUAAUAAACCUGCAGCAUCGGACUUAUUAAAAUCGACUGUUGAUUGGUAUAAGACUAAUAACGUUAGUAGUGGUGAUUUAUCAGAUAUGUGGCGACAAGCAGCUGAAUUUCAUCUACGCGGCGGUGCUAGUGAAACAGCGGCUAGAUCAUUAGAAGAGUUACUUAAAAUUAAACCGAAUGAUAUGAAAGUGUUAGCACAGUUAGUUAUUGCAUAUGCUCAAUUUAAUGCGAAACGAGCCUUAGAAAUAAGCAAAAGGUUGCCAAAGUUAGAAACGUUAACUACCGCUUCUGAUAUUGACGCUUUGGAAGCAGCGAACUGGGUAAUGUCAACAAAAGCAGCAAAGAAAUCGGCAAUUGCUAAAACUGAUCAAUCUCCAUCGACACCUACGGCAGACAAAAAAAAAAGGACUAACCGGAAACGCAAGGGAAAGCUUCCUAAAAAUUAUAAUUCUGAAAUACCACCAGACUCUGAACGCUGGCUACCGAAAUAUGAGCGUACUGGUUUUCGAAAGAAACGCGAUCGUCGUGCCAAGGACGUAAUUAAAGGUUCGCAGGGUAUGUCGAGUGGCGCUUCUGAACAAUUCGACAUGUCGAACCGUGUAAACGUUGUAAAACACUCUCCAGCUCCACCUACUUAUCAAGAGUCUACACCAGGACCAAGGCAGCAGCAUCGUAAAGGUGGACACAAGAAAAAGAAAGGAGGUCGUUUUUAAAAAGCACUUUGAUUGCAUUAUUAAUCACUUUUUUAUUAAAAUACAUGAUUGUUUUAGGAAAACAAUAUACACAAAUAUUGAAA